CUAGGUUUUAUUUUAUUUUAUUUUUAGAGAAAAGAAUGGAUUUUAAUUGUAUUUAUAACAAACAAAAACAGAAGAUUAAAAAAACAUUAUAUUACAUUACAUUUAGUAUAUUUCUUUGUAUUCCCUAACCUGGCUAUGAUUCACUGUGUGAGAGGGGCUCAAAAGCUCCUCCUUAAUACAAACCAACAUUUUGUUUAAUUUUUUUAUAAUGUCUUUUUUAAACUCUCUGCGUAGGAGAUUUGUUACGCCUCGAUUCGAUGAAAUAAUCAAGUAAUGAAACGUGGACUGGGCUUUUCCAGGAACCUGGUUGAGCACUAAAAGAUAUAUACAUUUGGUAUCAUUAUGGUUCGAAAAGAUGCCAACCAAUCAAGAAGUGAUGUUGAAAAGUAUAGGAAGCAGUUAGGAAAACAAGAAUUUAAAGGACGUAAUAAAAAACAUACUUUGGCUGUUAAAACUCGUGCACAAGCGAGAAAAUCAGAGUCUCCACUCAAGACUGGUUUAAUGGCGCUUGGAAUAUUUACAACUUUGUUGGCUGUUGUGUACUUAUUUUUUUACUGGCGUUUUUCUGUGACCUAACAUGCCCAGAUCAUUUUGGAAAUUAUAUGUUCAUUGGUGUCAAGUCUAAACAAGAAGCCUAUGGGCUUUGGCAAUUUCUGCAAGGAAGGCAAUAUAACGUAACAAGUGAGGAAACUAAAUGAUGCAACAUGAAGUCUAAGAGUUUCUACUUGUUGUUUUAUGAGACGUUUCUCAAAAAAAUGUAUCACAGCGUUUUGAACUAAAUUUGGCAUUUGUAGUAAAACAUUAGUAGCCUCACUUCAUUAAAUACAUAUUCAAAGAAAUAAUAGUAAUAAAAUUAAAAACAUGAUGCCAUAAAAAUUGCUUUUGUUUUACAAUAAUGAAACUGAUUAGUUAGGCUUAAAAAAAUAUUCACUAAAAAGCCUGUGUACGAAGCUUUUAAUAAGACAUAAUUUUUGCUACAUGAUCUAGAAUUUUUUUUGAGUAUACUUAGUGCUCUCCCAAAAAGUAUUUUAGAAGCAACAACACCAUUCAUAGCGAUAAUAAUAUCUUUACGACUGAGAAAGCAUUUCAAAAUAUUUAAAGUGAAACAAACAACUCUUUAUAAAAGAAAUUUAAGGACUAAACGUUAAAAAUAUAAUGUCUUAUAUGUAGAGCUAAAUUAUCUUAAUAUUAUUUUGUAUUAUAAUAUUAUUUCUGAUGGAAAGAUAAAAUAUCAUUCAAGUACAAAUUAAUUUAUUGCAAAAAUGAACAGUAUGACGAUAUGUCUGUGGUUUAUCAAGAGUUGCAAAAAGUAAUUAACUGAUAGAUAGAAUGUAAAAACAAAACAAUUUCCUUAUAGAGUGUGGAAAUUAAAAGUUACCUCUCAUAAAUUAUGCAGCAUAAUUUUUAAAGUAAAAAAAUAAAUUAAACUAAUCAGUGAAAAACACUUUUGUUUGUUCUUAAAAAGGUAAUUUAAGACAUUUAUGGUCAUAUGAUAUUGUUGUGUAGACAUUAAGUCUAGAAUGAUCAAGAAAUUGAAGCAGUUCUACAUUGUGCAUUGAUUGUGCAGGAUUUGACUCACUCUAAGCUACAACACUGUAUUAACAACACACACAUAGGCAGCUUGUCCAGAUGUAAUGUAUGAAAAUUUAUGAUACACACGUUUAUUCAUUGUUUACUGAGAAUGUUUUUCUUCAAUCAGUCGAUCAUGACAUGCAAGUAUAAUUGGUGUAGUGGAAUUAAAAAAGUGUGAUUUUGCACACCGCUAAUACCAUUAUGCCUUCUAGUUUUAAAUUUUGUCCUAAAAUCUUCUGCAUUUUUUCUUGAUAUUUCUAUUAAGUAAUACAGGGUAAAUUUUGAUUGUGAUAUUUUGUUUUAAUUUUUACAAUGACUAUAUUGAAUGGAAUGUUUGCGCUCUGGUGACGACACACCUUUACUUGGUUCCAGUUUUUCUCAUUUUCUUAUAUAUAAAGACUGAAAUAAACAGCACUUCAAUAGUCAAGAGUGACUUAAUAAAAAAGAUUUAAGUUGUA